CUGGGCGACAGGCGCUGAUGGGUGUCCGCCACCCCCCCGUCGCUUGGUCCAAGGCAGGUACAGGCACAGGUACUGGCGCUAACAAGAAGGAUUCCUGCUCCUUUCUCCCUUUUCCUCCUCUUCUCUGGCUCUUCUCCUCCAUCGUCAAUUCUUCACCUUCACCAUCUGCGCUUGCGUCCUGUUUCCAACUGAGAGUCUCGUGCUCUCUACCACACUCCUUUAGCCCUGACAACGAUCGCUUCCACGCUCACUACUCUACUUCCGUCUCGAAUUCCAAAAUUCUCUACAUUUAAACUCGUCAAUAUUAGGUAUCAGCGAACAUGAAGAGCUUCACCGUUACUCUUGCGGCCACCAUGGUCGUCGGAGCCGCUGCCUCCCACGGUCACGGCCACCAGCACCUCCACGCCAAAAAGGAUGCCUCCCGCAUUGAGGCCCGCGCCGCCCCUGAUGUCGUUACCAAGUUCGUCCCCGGCCCUACCGCAGUCGUCUACCAGCUUGCUGGCGAGAUUGUCGACAACAAGAAGGCUGAAGAGGGCCUCAAGGACGGUGAAUACGUUGUCAUUGGCGAGACCACCCCCACCUUCGUCGCUCCUCCUCCUCCUCCCAAGCCUACCACCAAGGACCAGGGCGCCCAGUUCAUUGAGAAGCCCAAGAGCUCUGCUGCUGCUCCUCCUCCCAAGCCCUCCGAGGCUCCCAAGCCUGCUCCCAAGGUUGCCCAGGCUGCCUCUUCCUCUGGUGCUACCGGUCUCAAUGCCCCGUUCCCUGAUGGCGUUUUGGACUGCACCGAGUUCCCCUCCAAGUACGGUGCUGUCCCCGUUGACUACCUCGGCAUGCACGGCUGGAUCGGUAUCCAGAACCUUCCUGGCUUCACCCUCUUUAGCGGCAGCGCCAUCAGCAAGAUCAUCACCGGUAUUGCUGGUGACAACUGCAGCAAGGGCUCCACCUGCUCUUACGCUUGCCCUCACGGCUACCAGAAGUCUCAGUGGCCUGCCUCGCAGGGCGCUACUGGCCAGUCUAUCGGCGGUAUCUACUGCAAUGCCGACGGCAAGCUUGUUCUCACUCGUCCUGAGGUCAAGACUCUCUGCAUUCCCGGCGAAGGCGGCGUUUCUAUCCAGAACGACCUGAACGAGUUUGUUGCUACCUGCCGUACUGACUACCCUGGCACUGAGUCUAUGGUCAUCCCCGCUGGUGCCAACCCUGGCGAGACUAUUCCUCUUACCAAUCCCUCGCAGAAGAACUACUACUUCUGGAAGGGCCUGACCACCUCCGCUCAGUACUACGUCAACCCUAGGGGCUUCAGCCUCUCUGAAGGCUGUCGCUGGGUUUCUCCCAAGGGUCCUACCCGUGCUGGUAACUGGGCCCCUAUGAACCUCGGUACUAGUGUUUCCACGGACGGUAACACCUACAUUUCCAUCUUCGACAAUGCUCCUACCUCCUCUGCUAAGCUUGACUUCAACGUUGAAAUCAUCGGUGAUGUUAGUGUCAAGUGCUCUUACAAGAACGGUGUCUACUACGGCGGUAGUGCCACUGGUUGCACUACUACUAUUCCUAAGGGUGGCAAGGCUAUUGUUCGCUACUUCUAAAUGGAAGCAUAGGUUGUGAUUGGCAGGCGAUUGCGUUGAAUUUUUUUUUUUGGAAUGCCAUGUCUUCGUUUUUGGAUUAUUCAUGCGUAUAUCUUUACCUUGGAGUCUGAACGAGCGCAGCGGCUAUUUGCUUGUAAUACAGCAGUAGCGGUUUAUGCUCGAAGUGGCUUUCUCAAUGAAUCGCUUGCCGUUCUUGAACAAGUCCACGUUGCUCCGCAGGGGCUAGGAGUAGCACUGGUUUUUAAGGCUUGGUCGAGCAGACAUUUGAGUUCCUUUCUAGAUGACAAUAGCCUCGGCCGUAGUUUGGAAUCUUAUGGCUUCUAGCUUUGGCUUUUGCUUUUAACUUCAAAUUUUGAAACUUGUUUGAGCAUCAUGUCUGAUAGCAUUGAACGCUAUUUAGCCUGGUCUCUCUAUUGCCAACACAAUAGUGGCGUGUUUGAUGUUUAUAAGAAUGGACUGGUAUUAUUGAACCUCGGAAUCUCCAAACACAACUAACUGCGAUAAAGAAGAUGCAAAACGGUGAAUAAUGUGAUACACCUAUAUGACCCCUUGUCUUUUUAGUACUCCAUAGCUGUGCCAACGGCUUCUUCCUUUGCUCUGCGGAUCUGGUCGUGGCGUUCCUCAUUUUCUUCCUUUAACCUUUGCUCAACGUCGUCUCUCACGGCACCAAUAUCCGGGGGAAUGGCGCGCAUUUGGACGCUAGGCGCAGCCUGAACGAACCGUAGUUGCUCUGUGACAUGCUGGAUCAUCUCCUGCAGGCGCUUCUGGGUGUUUCUGUUGACGCGGGGCUCACCGAGAAUCUGCUCUAGUGUAGGAAAGAGCGUAUCAUGGCGGAACUGAUCUCUCCACGGUGUGUGUGACGGGAUGUAGUCGUUGAUCUUGUCGUCAACACCAACAGCUAGCGCAGUCUCGUACGCCCACGCGCGAGCAACAUUGCGCGGUGUGUAGCCACCACCGCCGAAGAGCAGAAGCGGCAGGUUCAUGCGCUUACAGAACGCCACACAGGCACCAUGGCCCUGGACCUGUAGGUUGAAACGGCCGAGGCGGUCACCAGCAAGAGAGUCGGCGCCGCAUUGCAGUGCAAUGGCGGUUGGGCGGAACUUUUCGACAAUCUGGCCGAUGAUGGUGUCGAAGAGCAUGGCGUAUUGCUCAUCGGUGAUGCCGUCGUUAAGUGGUACAUUAAGCGCGUGGUGUGAGCCGGGGUUCUGCUCCGAUUUGGGGCCGUUGUCGUCGAGCGCACCAGUUCCGGGGAAGAAGUUAUUGGGAUCGUACUUGUGGAAGGACACUGUCAUGACACGGUCUGUUGAGAAGAAGGCUUCUUCGACGCCGUCGCCGUGGUGGACGUCAAUGUCGAUGUAGAGGACGCGCGGGUGGUAGCGAAGUAGCUCGAGGAUCGCAACGACAAUAUCGUUGAUGUAACAGAAUCCCGAGGCCUCAGCCUUGUGCGCGUGGUGCAGACCACCGCCCCAGGCGAUGGCGAUAUCUGACUGGUGUGAGACAAGUUUGCGCGCGGCGUCGAGGGCGCCACCAGCGGACAUGGAGCAAUAGUCGUAGAGGCCGUCAAAGAGCGGACAGUCGGAGCCGCCCAGGUUAAAUUUGAGAUCUGGGUUCUGGUUCUCGAGAUCCCGCGGGACCGGCUCAGGCAAGACUGUGCCGAGGAAAUCGAGGUAGUCGGUGGAGUGGAAGGUGGCAAGCUCUUCGUAUGUGGCGGCACGGGAGAUGUAGUUGUCCAUGGCAAAGGACAUGCCGUAGGAGUAGAUGAGGGACUUGGAUAGCGUCAGGCGCCACGGCUUCAUGGGAUGCGUCAUGCCGAAGUGGUGCUUUUCCAUCUCGGGGUUGCAGUGGAACGAUACGUUGUAGCCCUUGGGCUUGGUGAUGCCGGACUCUUCGGCGAGACGUUUGCACUUGUUGUAGUACUUUGCAUUUUCCAUCUCGGACGGGAUCCCGAGCGGGCGCGAGUCGAAUUCUUGCACAAUAGGCAGGUCAUGGUCGGUGGUGAGGUCGUGUGGGAGGUAGUUGGGUUUGGGGACGCGGAAGCGGUAUGCGUCAGGGUCCAUGUUGGACGGUUGAAGCUGACACGAGAGGCCAGAUAGUUUGUUUGUUGGAGAGCGCGACUGUAGCUAGUGGCGAUAGACCUAUGAGGCGACGGAAGAGGUUUGGGGUUGUGGGAGCUAGGUGCAGGGCUGGAGAGGCACGCGGGGUAUCUGCGGUGGAUGAAGCUUUAGUGACGGUGUGUCUGUGAGCGCUUAAUGUGAUUUUAUG